GUGCACGGUGGGGGAGUUGUGCCAAAGUGCGCAGCUCAGGUGUGAGGAUGCACCGUGAAAUUUGAAUGCAGCAACUUUCGCUUCCGCGGGUGAAUUAGCGGUCGCUCGCGAAGGAAGAGCCCGGGAAGAUUGUUUUUUGGCGCACGAGGACGAAUGACGCGCCUCAGGUGCUCCGGUUUCGACUGACGCGCGCUCUUUGACUGUUGAUGCAUCCAUGUGGCGCUGAGCGUGAAAACACCGGCUCUCUCUCUCUCUCUCUCUCUCUCAAUCUCUAGCUGUCUCUCCCUCUCCAGCUCUCUCUCUCUCGCUCGCUCAGACGUUAUAUCCUCGCUCACCGCAGCUCAGUAUCAGUUACCGGGUCCCGACCAAUCCCCGCGCGCUGUCAGGCAUCGAGAGGAGACAGCGGCGCAGAAUAAACCCGAGAGAGGGGGAAGAAAGCCAGAGAAAGAAGCUCACGCACCCAGUCCUCCGUCCACCAUCCUCUCCUUACCCCUCCAGGGCCGACAGACUCGCAGGCGGCGCCCUCCCUCAUCUUUUCCUCCCCUCACCCGCCAGGGCUCCCCCCUGACUGCAGCUGUUUGGGUUAACCGGAGAGGCGCGAGGCAGGAUGCGCGAUGGGACAAGCUUGCGGACACGCGCUGCUCUGCCGUAGCCAACCGCCGUCCUCCGAGAUACGUGGUCAGCAAGUGUUUCUGCGUCCUGAGGAGAGUUCAGCUCCAGCCCUGAGUCCAAGACAGUCCACCACGCUGUCCGAACAGCUCCAGGAUGCUUUGCUCCAGCUGGCGGCAGUUGUCGAUGCGCGCUCACUGCGAGUGGCCCUUCGAGACAGCAUACAGGAGCUGCUACCCAGCACGGAGUGCAUAUGCGUCUACAUGCUGGAGGGAGACUCGCGGCUGCUAUCUGACGACCCGCCACACGAACUGCCACAGGAGGGAAAGAUCAGGAGCAUUGCGGACCAGCUGAAGCGAUGUCAGUGCGCUGGCCUUCCUCCAUCUGAACUGCCAGAGAAAUACAGAGUUUGCCUCGCAGCUCCGUUGCCAGCACACAAAAGAGCUGUUGUCAUUCCAAUCUUGGACCGGGAACAGGACAAGGUCAUAACUGUCCUACUGGUGGGCUGUAAUCCACUGUCUGAUCAGGAUGAACUUCAUCUUAACGUGCUGGAAAAACAUGCCUCAGUGGCAUGUGGGCGAGUGCAGGCUAUUCAAAUAUCCUACCAGAGGCCUCCACUCAGCCCCUCUCCACUGCAGUCCCACAAUGCACUGCUGCACCUCAACGUGUCAGACCAGGACUACAGCGAGCUGGACCGCAACAUUCUGCAACUCUGUGGUGAGCUCUAUGACCUUGAUGCAGCCUCUCUCCAGCUCAAAGUCAUCAAUUAUCUGCAGCAGCAGACCCAUUCACAGUGUUGUUGUUUGCUGCUUGUGUCUGAGGACAACCACCAGCUAUUUUGUCAGGUAGUUGGAGACAAAGUCCUGGAGGAAGAGAUCAGCUUCCCGCUGAUGUUUGGACGGUUUGGUCAGGUUGUGGAGAAGAAGAAGUCAAUUACUCUUCAGGACAUCAGUGCUGAGGAGCGCAGGCAACUGUCCAGUAUGUUGGGCUGUGAGAUCUCCUCCAUGCUCUGUGUGCCAGUUGUCAGCAGGGCCACCAGUCAGGUUGUGGCACUGGCAUGCGCCUUCAAUAAGCAGGGUGGGCAGAGACACACAGAGGCAGAUGAGCAUGCCAUCCAGCAUUGUUUCUGCUACACUUCAACAGUCCUCACUUCAACUUUGGCCUUCCAGAAAGAACAGAAACUCAAAGUGGAGUGCCAGGCACUCUUACAAGUGGCCAAGAAUCUCUUUACACACUUGGACGAUGUGUCAGUGCUGUUACAGGAAAUUAUAGUGGAGGCCAGGAACCUCAGUGAUGCAGAGAUCUGUUCAGUGUUCCUGCUGGAUCGAGUCAGCCAUGAGCUGGUGGCCAAGGUGUUUGAUGGAGGUGUGGUCAGUGACGAGGAGAAAGAGUUUCGUAUCCCAGCUGAUCAGGGCAUUGCAGGCCAUGUUGCAACCACUGGUCAGAUUUUGAACAUCAAGGACGCCUACUCCCAUCCUCUCUUCUACCGCGGCGUUGACGACAGCACCGGCUUCAAGACUCGCAACAUCCUCUGCUUCCCCAUAAAAGAUGAGAACAACGAGGUGAUUGGCGUAGCUGAGUUGGUGAAUAAAAUGAAUGGACCGUGGUUCAACCGCUUUGAUGAGGACCUGGCCACAGCCUUCUCUAUUUACUGUGGUAUCAGCAUCGCCCAUUCUCUGCUCUACAAGAAAGUCCAUGAAGCUCAGUUCAGGUCUCAUCUGGCCAAUGAAAUGAUGAUGUACCACAUGAAGGUUUCUGAGGAAGAGGUGACGAAACUUCUGGUGACGGGCAUCGACCCAGUGAAGGAGAUUCACCCGUGCUUCGCAGAGUUCACGUACACACCGCGCUCCUUGCCUGAUGACACCACCCCGAUGUGCAUCCUCAGCAUGUUUGAAGACAUGGGUUUCAUUAACACAUACAAGAUUGACAUGCACACUCUGGCCAGGUUCUGUCUGAUGGUGAAGAAAGGUUACAGGGACCCUCCCUACCACAACUGGAUGCACGCCUUUUCCGUUUCACACUUCUGCUACCUGCUCUACAAAAACCUAGGGCUGUCCAACUACCUCCAGGAAAUCGAGAUUUUAGCUCUCUUUGUCUCCUGUAUGUGCCAUGACCUAGAUCACCGUGGCACCAACAAUUCUUUCCAAGUCGCCUCGCAAUCUGUGCUAGCUGCUCUCUACAGCUCAGAGGGAUCUGUGAUGGAGAGACAUCACUUUGCCCAGGCCAUUGCUAUUCUGAACACUCAAGGCUGCAACAUCUUCGAGAAGUUCUCUAGGAGGGACUACCAGCGCAUGCUGGAUUUGAUGAGAGACAUCAUUCUGGCUACAGACCUAGCUCACCACCUUCGAAUUUUCAAGGAUUUGCAGAAGAUGUCUGAUGAUGGAUACAAUCCAAAAAGUCGAACCCACCGCUCCUUGCUGCUAUGCCUGUUGAUGACUUCAUGUGACCUGUCAGACCAAACCAAGGGCUGGAAAACCACACGCAAGAUUGCUGAGCUGAUCUAUAAAGAGUUCUUCUCUCAAGGAGAUCUGGAAAAAGCCAUGGGGAAUAGGCCCAGUGAGAUGAUGGACAGAGAGAAAGCGUACAUCCCAGAACUACAGAUCAGCUUCAUGGAACAUAUCGCCAUGCCCAUCUACAAGCUGCUAUCUGAGCUGUUUCCUGGGGCCACCGAGUUGUACGAGAGAGUGGCAGCAAAUCGUGAGCAGUGGACCAAAGUGUCCCAUAAGUUCACCAUCCGUGGGUUGCCUAGUAACAACAGCCUAGACUUCCUGGACCAGGAAUACGAGCUACUGCAGUCCCAGGGUGCUUUCGGGAGUGACGACCACUGCCUCAAUGGUUGCCUAGACGACGCCGAAGGAGGGAGGGGUCAGUGACAACAGCGGACUACUAACAGUUUCCUGAAGUUUUCUGUGGUCCAAUAAGAGGCUGAGGAUACCUUUUUAGGGACCCAACAGGGACAAGUCUCUGCUGUCAAUCACUUAGAUGCGUAGAAGGUCAUGCAGAAUGGACAGAACAAAGUUUCAAACUAAUUGAAUCAGACAAGUGAUCUGAAACAAUGGAUCCAUCUGGGCAGGUUCAGUGACUAGAUGCUAUAUUUCGCUUGUGUCUCCAGUUGAGGAAAGCAGAAAGUGGAGACUUUACCUUUUUUCAGCAACUAUACUGGAAAGAGUUACAAGUUCAUUCAUACAGUCCUGACCCUGAUUAAGAUUGUAUAAACACACAGACAUUGACAAACAUAUGUACAUGCACAUACUGUUUAGACACUCAAGAAAAAAAACAAAAAAAAAAAAACAUUCUUAUGGCAAAGACUACUUCAACAUGUCACAGUGAGAUGAAGUGCUAUACUUUCUGUAAAAUGUAUCAUAAUAGCUUAUAUUGAUUUAAAUGGCUCAACAAAAGCAGCUGCCAUAGCCCUCACCUGAUGCUUAUGAAUGCAUGCUGUAUGGACACCUCAUCUAUUAUUUUAUCAGGAUCAGUGUUGAUUUUCUCCAUAGCUAAAUAAAAAUAAUAAUAAUAAUAAUAAUGCAGUCCAUUUUUAUAGCAUAAUUUUUCAUUUCAGUUUUAGCUCUAUAGCUUAGACAACAUUUUAACACUCAUGUAUAUCAUUUCCUUAUUCUCGGGUCUUUAAGGGACAAUUUGACAAUCACUCAUCAAUGCCUGAGUCACUGAUCCCUGACCCUUCUCCAUACAGACAACAUUAAAAUACACUAACCAUAUGUCACCACCUCAAGUAUGCAUUUACAUAUUAAACACAGGCCACUCAUGAUUUAAAACACUCUUUCAGUUAACUCUCUUCACUCGUUUGCACUGUUAAUUUCUUUUAUUUUUAACUUUACUGACUUCCUCAUGAAACCAUUUUGGAUAGAGAGCCACUGAAGCCCUUUAAAAUAUCCAUUUCAUUUGUUAGUAUAAAUGUGCCAGAGUAGAGCGUGUUAAACAGAGUGUGUCAUAUGGAUCUGCCUUAUUGCGCAUCUUUGCUGCCUUUCUUAGAGCUUUUAAUAUGAAAAUUGAAAUAAAGAGUUCGUUUAGUAUGUAUGUUGUAUAUUUAUUAUAGACAUAGUGUGAGUAUCAAUGUGUUGACUGAAAGAUUACCACACUGAGAGGACGUAUAUUUGUGAACUAUCCAUGUGAAAACCUCAGAUGUCAUACCAUUUUGCUACCCUCUAUUCUACCUUAUAUGUACAACCACCUUCUUAGUCAGACAUGAAAGCAUUUAAUUCACUUCUCAGUGCUCCUUUUUAGAAAGAGAUGUAGCCAUCACAGGAAUGACCAUCGCUUGAAAGCAUCGACAGUUUGCUAUCGCUGCCCUCCAGGUUAAUGUUUGGAAAGUUAGGUUCUCAGACUGUGCCUCAAAGAAAACCUGACAUUUUUGGGCCAUGGCUGAUCUAUGUUACAAUAUGCCUUUCGAAUUUUUAAUUAAAAGACACUAAAUCUGAUACAUUUUGUUAGGGUUAGAUGAACAGAGUAGAAUGAAGAGAAGCCUCUGUAAUGGACUCCACUGUACGGUGUGUAGGCUGUGUGUGGGUGAGAGCUACUGAGCAAAUGAGUGGACGUGCGAGUAUGGAUGAGGGACAAAAUGAAAAAGGGUGAAAGGUUUGAAAUCAAGAGAGAAAUGUUUGGUUAAAAGGUCUUUACAAAGCUGGUGGUGACAGAGAUGAAGCUGACACAAACCUUCAUGAUCUACUAUAAUUCCUUCUUCCGUUCCUCUUCUUUUUAUGCAGCCCGGCUAAUGUUAGUUGGAAGGAGUUGAAAGCAAAAAUGUUGAAAUUAUAUUAUUUAGAAAUUAAAUUUUUAUUUGAAAUUGUAUAAUGAGAGCCCAUUCGUUAGGAACGUUAAGUAUGUGUUACAUGGGGAUAUGCAUUAGGGUGGCGGGAUGAGAGCAUUUGAUCUGCCUUGGUCUGCUUCACGGACUGAAUAUUUUUACUAUAAAGUUUUUAAAGGGCAUACAGAUGUGUUGGUAGAAGAGCCACGCUGUGUUUCUCCAACUCUUUCUCUCACUUGUGGUUUUCUCAUUUCUAUGAUUUUUAAACCACACGUUUCAUGUCUACUUGCCUUUUUCACGUGCAAUAUGAAGUGUCUGUCUCUGUGACAUUGCAUAGAUUCCUAUGUAAAUACCUAUGCCUCUUGUUAAAUUAUUGCUUUAGGUCUGAGUUGCCAAAGGCUUUUAAGUGUUAGAUCAUGAUAUUUCCAUAGAAAAAGUCAAUGGAAUGUGACCGUUUCUAUCCUAAAAUGCUUUUGAAUGUUCAGACCUAUGACAGUUUUCUAUAAAAGUGUGUGUAUCUGUCCUUUUUAUGUUUGUUUUAGAGAGUCAGGGCUAAAUGUGCCAAGCAAACAUUUUCUACUUCCUGGCCAAGCUGCAACAUGAAAAACAGGCAUAAAUUAAAAUAUAUUUUUGUUCUCUAAUGUUGGAGUGACGACGAGGGCUUGUUCAUAUUCACCUGUUCCGAUACAUCAUGACGGCUUGUCCAGGAAGUAGGAACCCAAUCGAUUUUCCAUCAUCAUCACAGAACAGCAGGACUCCAACCUGUGAUGUAAUGUCGUUGUAAUAAUCACCUGUGACAUCAUUGUUAAAAGUGGCAAAUAUAUAUAUAUAAUUGCUGUAAAUAACAAAGUUUUAAAAGAAAAUGUUUCUUGAUCGUCUGUCAUUAUUACAAUGGGAAGUAUUUAAAUACUGUAAUGUAUUUAAAGUGGUUGCAUCCUGUUCUCUCUCUUUCUUUUUCAAGCCAUUUUUGAACAACCCCAAGCUUAGACUUUGAUUGAGGGGAUGAAAGAAAACUGUAUGUGUAUUUAGGAUUUACAUAUGAUAUUCUACCACAGAUCAGAACCCAGGCUAAUCUGAAAUGUAUAAAUGAUGCUUAUACUGAGGAUUAAAUCCAUCUGUUCAUUUUUUUUUAUUAUUAUUUUUUUUUUGUUGAGCUCUGAUAGUGGUCUUGUUUUUCUUCAAAUGUAAUGAACGAGGAUUUUUUGAAGGAAAUGGGUGACUUUUUUUUUUCUUUCUUGGAAUAAAUUUGGUGAAAAGCG